AUGAACUUCGGUAUGUUCACCGACUUUCACGUUCGCGCAGAUAUGAGCCAGGCAGAAGCCUUCGAGGAGUCGUUUAGUCAGGUGGCGGAGGUCGAGCAAAUGGGUAUGGACUCGGUUUGGCUUGCCGAGCACCAUUUCACUCCCGACCGGUCGGUGCUGGCCUCACCUUUGAUCAUAGCCAGCGCUAUUGCCGCGCGUACCUCGACUCUCCGCGUGGGACUGGCCGUGCAGGUAUUGCCCCUGACCAAUCCACUGAGGGUGGCGGAGGAGGCGGCCACCGUGGACCACAUCAGCAAGGGGCGCUUCGAUUUUGGCAUUGGACGCAGCGGCCUCACCAAGUACUACCAGGGGUACAACAUUCCUUAUUCCGAAAGCCGCGGCCGGUUCUUCGAAGCCCUCCAGGUAAUUAUGAAGGCGUGGAAAGGGGGCAGUUUCUCUCACCAAGGAGACUUCUACUCCUACGACGAUGUGCAGGUGGUCCCUCAGCCCUUCCAGCAACCCUACCCGCCGACACGCAUCGCCGUAGCCUCGGAAGACACGUUCCCGAUCGUGGGGAAACUGGGCCAUCCCAUCUUCAUCAGCGCAACAACGGGAAUUCCCGUCUUGAAAGAACGGCUCAAGCUCUACCGGACGGCACGGCAGGAGGCCGGAUUCGAGUGGCCUGGCGAGGUAACACUUCGCAUCCCCGCAUACGUGGCCGAGACUACCGCCAAAGCACAAGCGGAUCCAAAAAACAGCGCCAUCCAUGCCAUCCAAUACGCGGCUACCGAGCUCAUCAAAACGGCGGCCAGCGAGGAAGGAGUGGAACGGUUGCGGCGGAUGGCAAACAUCCCAUACGAAGAGAUUCUGCGGCAGAGAGUAAUGUUCGGCACCCCCGCGGAAGUCACGGAACGGCUGGAAGAAUAUCGGGACGAAUUAGACAUUUCCGGCGUGGUGCUGGAGACAAACUAUGGCGGCCAGAUACCCAACGAUCGGGUAAUGGCCUCCGUGCGAAUGCUGACUGAGAAUGUAGUCCCCAGGUUCAAGUGA